AAGAUCUUUGGCACAAAAUGCAAUGUAUAGUGAAGGUGUUCUUCCCUUUGUGACAAUGGUUUCUGCAGGAGCAGGUCAUUCACUGCUUCUGCGAAAUGAUGGGAGUGCUGUGGCUUGCGGAAGGAACCAAUAUGCACAAUGCAACAUUCCACCUUUGGAGGAGGGUAUGUGCUACACCCAAGUUUCUGCAGGAGGUGGUCAUUCAGUGCUUUUACGAAGUGAUGGGAGUGCUGUUGCUUGCGGGUGGAACCAAUAUGGGCAAUGCGACAUUCCGCCUUUGGAGGAGGGAGUGUGCUACACCCAAGUUUCUUCAGGAGGAGCACACUCAGUGCUUUUGCGAAGUGAUGGGAGCGCUGUUGCUUGUGGAGCCAACGAUGAUGGACAAUGUGACAUUCCACCUUUGGAGGAGGGAGUGUGCUACACCCAAGUUUCUGCAGGAGGAGGUCAUUCAGUGCUUCUGCGAAGUGAUGGGAGUGCUGUUGCUUGCGGAUCCAACCUUAUGGGACAACGCAACAUUCCACCUUUGGAGGAGGGAAUGUGCUACACCCAAGUUUCUGCAGGAAGAAGACAUUCAGUGCUUUUGCGAAGCGAUGGGAGUGCUGUUGCUUGCGGAGGGAACGAUCUUAGACAAUGCAACAUUCCACCUUUGGAGAAGGAAGUGUGCUACACGCAAAUUUCUGCAGGAAAUGAUUUUUCAGUGCUUCUUCGAAGUGAUGGGAGCGCCGUUGCUCGCGGAGCGAACGAUGAGCGACAAUGCAGCAUUCCCAUGUUUGCAACCGGUAGCUAUGUUUCUGACUUUGGUAAAGACUGCGUCUUGCAAGCAGGCGUUGCCUUGGAAGAUGAUGGAGCUGUGCUGACAUGCUGUGAUUUGGCCGGGCAUGAGGUAUUGCGACUGAGGGUAAAUGCAUCUGACAAAGCCUGGGAUACGCAUAAGCGCAUUGUGAGUGACCUUCAGGUUAACCUUCAAAAUCUUCGUUUAGUCUUGCCUGAUGGACAGUUGUUGGCCUCAAUCUGCAGGGUAAGUCCACUGGCCACGAUUGCAGAUUUGAGUGAACGGCAGUGAACUGCAGUGAAGCGUGUUCCAUUGUGUUCUAGCUCCGUCAUGAGCAAAGGGGAUCACUAAUAUCCAAAUCAAGCCAAUACAGUGCAAGUUAAUGCAGUGCCCACUCAGUCAUUGCUGUGCAGUUGCCAACUGCCCACAAGUGGAGUUUCUAGGACGUCAUGUCUUACACCCAGAUGUUUGCAUCCAGAGUGAAGGCAUCGCUGUUGCUUGCGGACGUUGAGUUUCGGAAACAUGGGACAUCCCUGGCUGUUUUUCUUUGCAGCCAUACGCAACUUGCGCAAUAAAAACGAUCAAACAAGUUAAAGACGAUUCAGACCAUGCAAAAUCCGUGGACUAUUAUAUAGACAUGAUCUUGUAAAGACAUCUAA